CUGUGCAGUCAAGUUCAACCGGUUGUAGAGUUCUAUCGGGAUAGCAUUCGCUGUUGCUUGUUCAAAACCUUCCAAUGUUCGUUCAGUUGCAAUUUCUCAGUGUAAUUUCUGGACUAUUUGUGUAACAUCACACUCCAGUGAUUCUUUCGUUCGAUGUUUUAUUUUAUUACAACUUUCAUUGACAUUUGACGAUGUUGAAUUAAAAUUUCAUUUGAAUUGUUGCAAUUAUAAUGCGUGAUUGUUAACAUAAUCGAUGAUUCUUGAUAAUCUUUCGAAAUUCAUUCAUCAGUGAAUAUCAGUAUUCUCUGGAUCAUUUCUAAGUGCAAUCUUGCCCCGUGAGAGAUAUGAUAUGAUAAUUCCGAAUUCAAGAAUGCUGUGUCCUUCGUUCACCAUUUGGUUCCUCCUCACCAUUGAAUUCUUAGUCAGUACGUUUCUAUUUAUUCUCGUGGCCAUCCUUAAGGUUUUCAAGUCCCUGCUACCCAAACCACCCAGAGAUUUGACUGAAAGUGUAGUUCUGGUAGCCGGUGCUGCUUCCUCGUUGAGUGAAUCUCUGGCGAGUGAAUUCGCAAGGAACGGUUGCUCCGUCGUUUGUCUGGACAACGAUCACAAGUUAAUCGAGGCGACAGCAUCCAGAUUGAAAAAACAGCGUCUCGUUGUCGAGGAGGUCGCACCGAGUCACCGAAAGGACGAUUCCUCACGAUGCCGAUCGACUAUAUCCACGUAUCGGUGUAAUUUCUCAGACAAAGACGCGAUCAAGAGAACAGCUGAAAAAGUGAAAGAUGAUGUCGGAAGAAUCGAUAUUUUAGUGACCUGCAUUGACAGUAUAAACGAGGAUGCCUUCGACACGACCAGCAAGAUUCUGAUGUCACAUUUUUGGACAGUUCUGGCUUUCUUUCCAAUGAUGUUGGGUCGAAAACAGGCUCAUAUAAUCGGAGUGACUCCAGUCGCAUUAAAUAAUGACACUUACCAGACCUCCAAAAUGGUUAUAAUGAGUUUUAUCGAAUGUAUGUGCCAAGAAUUGAGCAAUCACAGUAGCAAUUUGACAUUUUUGGCGUUCUCUCCAAUUGCAGAGUGCAGCACAUUGAAAGAGAGCGAAGAACGAGUGGCUAAGAAUAUUGUCACGGCAGUGAGGAGUGAUCAAUAUAACACGAGUUGGAUAUCCAGACUGCUGUAUCAAAUAAGUUGCAUGAUCUACAACGGAAUAACAUUGCUCACAGAGUGGUCCCACUUUCAAAGAUGCAAUUAUCCCACGUAAAAGUGAAUUCUUUUUUUAUCCCAUGCUCGAUAGAAUCAUUAAAAAAAGAUAGUCUGCUGAACUUUCUAAAUUCUGCCAUUUGACUAUUUCAAAAAAAAAAAAAAAAAAAAAAAACAGCUUUGAAAUCUCUCUUAA